GGCGCGGCGGACGGUCGCGGCAUGUGCUGUCGCCGGGUGCUGCUCUGGCUGGCGGCGGGCUGGCUGGGCGGCGCGCUGGCCGGCAACCCCGACGCCAAGCGGCUGUACGACGACCUGCUGUCCAACUACAACAAGCUGGUGCGCCCCGUCGUCAACACCACCGACGUGCUGCGCGUCUGCAUCAAGCUCAAGCUGAGCCAGCUCAUCGAUGUCAACCUCAAGAACCAGAUCAUGACGACAAACCUUUGGGUGGAGCAAUCCUGGUACGACUACAAGCUGCGCUGGGAGCCGCGCGAGUACGGCGGCGUGCACAUGCUGCACGUGCCCUCCGACCACAUCUGGCGCCCCGACAUCGUGCUGUACAACAAUGCCGACGGCAACUUCGAGGUUACGUUGGCGACCAAGGCCACCAUCUACCACCAGGGACUAGUCGAAUGGAAACCGCCCGCCAUUUACAAGUCCUCCUGCGAAAUAGACGUGGAAUAUUUUCCUUUCGACGAGCAAACGUGCGUUCUUAAGUUCGGUAGCUGGACGUACGACGGAUUCAAGGUGGACCUGCGCCACAUGGACGAGGCCGCAGGCAGCAACGUAGUGAAUGUCGGAGUAGACCUCUCGGAGUUCUACAUGUCCGUGGAGUGGGACAUUCUGGAGGUUCCCGCUGUCAGAAACGAGAAGUUCUACACGUGCUGCGACGAGCCGUACCUCGACAUCACGUUCAACAUCACGAUGCGGCGCAAGACGCUGUUCUACACCGUCAACAUCAUCAUCCCGUGCAUGGGCAUCUCCUUCCUCACCGUGCUCACCUUCUACCUGCCCUCCGACAGCGGCGAGAAGGUGACGCUGUCAAUCUCCAUCCUCAUCAGUCUCCACGUGUUCUUCCUGCUGGUCGUGGAGAUCAUCCCGCCCACCUCGCUGGUGGUGCCGCUGCUGGGGAAGUACCUCAUCUUCGCCAUGAUAUUAGUCUCUAUAAGUAUAUGCGUGACGGUGGUGGUGCUGAACGUGCACUUCCGGUCGCCGCAGACGCACCGCAUGGCGCCGUGGGUCAAGCGCGUGUUCAUACACAUACUGCCGCGGCUGCUGUUUAUGAAGCGGCCGCAGUACAAGUUUGAUACUACUAGGUCCCGCUACACCGCUUGCGGGGUUGUCGUCCGAUGUGGCGGCACAGCUCGGCCGCUCUACCCGUAUCGGUUAGCAGCAGCCGAGGACGACUGCUGCGCGCCUGGUGCGUGGCCGCCGACCGCGCCCCCCCGCCCCCUUACAAGGACGCCUUCUAAGGAGGAUCUCACACAUACUACGUAUUUAAAUUCAGGUAUGGGUGAGAGCAACCGCUUCGGCGGCAGCUGCAUCGUGCACGGGUCGAGCGAGGGUGGAGCACUGACGGGUGCCCCCGACUUGGCCGAGGAUGAGGCCCUGAGCCCCGUGCCAGACCCGCCGGUCGGGUUCAGCCACUCGGCGUGCCCGCCGGAAGUGCACAGGACUUGUUUCUGUGUGCGGUUUAUAGCCGAGCAUACGAGGAUGCUUGAGGAGAGCACUAAGGUGAAAGAGGACUGGAAGUACGUGGCCAUGGUGCUGGACCGCCUGUUCCUGUGGAUCUUCACGCUGGCGGUGCUGGUGGGCACGGCCGGCAUCAUCCUGCAGGCGCCCACGUUGUACGACGACCGGGAGCCGCUCACCGACAAGAACUUUAACCAAUUUGCCACGUCGACUAUAGUAAGGUGUCCGCCGCCUACGUAGGUCAAGUGAAAGUAUGAAGUUGGAUUUCAGGGAACAGCUACCGUUGUUACUGACACAUGGGUAGUUAUGUCGGAUGUUCUGCUACCGGACCAACAUCUUUAUUAAGAACUGUCUUAUCUGUCCGAUCAGCAUAAGUGCCAAUUUCUCCAUAGUGGGUUAGAGCAUAAUAACCAGAGAUAAUUGGUUGACUUUUGACACAUCUGUCAAGAAUUUAAUAUGGAGAUGACGCAUAAUUGAUCAACCUUUCCCUGUUUACGAUCUAACCGGCUCUGGAGAAAUUGGAGCUAAGUGUACCUUACCAAGAUUUGACAGGAAAGUGCUGUUAAACUGAAAUUGCUUAUGCAAUAUUUUGGUACUGGUGCUGAAGGUAUGGUUAAUGAUAAAGGCAGUGUGUCAGAACAGCAUCAGUUCAGCAGAAUGGAGUAAAAAAGAAGGAAAAAUCCUACUAAAUAGUAAUAAAUUAAAACAUCCAACGCACACCCGUCCCGCCCGACACGUGUUCUAUUCCACGACGCGUAUAUCUAUUGUUAAUUAAUAUCUUAAUGUGUAGACAUUAAGGUCGUAUCUUCAUAUCUUAAAAGUGUUUGCGUUCUUGUAAAGACGGCUGAAGAAUGGUAUUGAACGGAACGGUGCAAGCCGCCAUUUUGUAAAUCUACGACGAAAAAAAAAAUGGCGUCUUAUUACAUUACCGUUUACGGAAGAUUAAAAAGCAAGUAUAGAAAUGAAAGGCAAUUAACUCUUAUGACAAUAAAGAAUCUAUCGACUUAUUUCCCCUGCAGUUAGUUCUGUUUACACAUUUACGUUAACUCUCUGGGAUCAUUCUUGUAAUCACCGUUCAGAAAUCAUUGAAGGUGCCUGCACAAAAUAUUGAAUCGAGAUUAAAUUUAUUAAUGAUUAAUAUUUAUUUAAUCCCGAUUCAAUGUUUUGUGUAAGUAACUAAAAAUAUAGUUAUAACGUUAUUAAAUAAGAUACUCAACUAACGAAACACCACCAAGUGAAUAUUGUCUGUGUUCAAUAACAAUGUGUUAGUAAUAGAAUAAAAUAAUCGGAAAUAUAAAGUAGGCGCAUAUCUUACUACUCAUAUUGUAUCGGUGUUUUUGAUCUUGCACAAAGCCAUUUUUAUUUACGACUCGUAAAUAGUUUUAAUUUAAUAUUUCUCACUUUUAGCUCUCUUGUAGGUAUCGAAUAAUUUAGCUGUAGCUCUAAAGCUUACGACUCUAAGGCCGAAUAUAAACGUGCUAUUAAAAAAAAUGCAAAUGGGCUACGAAACUUUAGUUUUUAUCGCAAUUUUAUAGCCACUACUGCCAAUUUUAUACAUUAUUUAAUUACCUACUACUCAAUGAAGGCUACAGUCCCGAUAUUUCACACUUAAAACGAUAAAAACGAUAGAAUGGUGUUUUUUUUUUUGCAUUUGAGAGUGUAUACUAUUGCAAAUUAAAGUUAUGUAUGUUUGUUCAAAAAAGCAUUUAAUAGCGCGUGUAUUGUCGGCGUAAUGUAAAUCUACCUACUAUUAGGACAUAACUAAUUCAAUUCUAUCUCUAUGUUUCCUUAUCCUGACUGUACGUGUUUCGUUUUGUCGUAGAAUAGAACAUGUUCAUUGUAACAAAACGAUUUUAUUAUUUUUAAGAAACAUUUUAAUAUACUAUUAGAGAAAAUGCAAGUUUUGAGAAAGGAGAAAGUUUUGUAUUUACAAAAGCCAAAGUAAUUUAGUACAUAAAUGAUUAUUUAGAAAUAUUUCACCAGCUUUUGACCCACGUAUUUUAUUAAAAAGAAAAGAAUUAACAGUACUUAAAUAUCAUGUAUGGUAUUGUGGCAACCACAAAGGUAUCUUGCUCAAAAAAAUCAAGAAAAUAUACAGGGUGGAUUUUUAUAAGUGAUGUUCCCGUUGGCUGGCGUAUUAUUUCAAAGUUAGUUAAAAGUUUUUUAAUCUGACGGGUAGGUUACAUUGGCUUGCCAACGGGAAAGUCACUAAUGAAACUCGACCUCGUGUAAAGAUAUUAUAAUUUGAAAUGAUUUCCGAAUAAGUUAGUAGUAUGUAAUAGUAUGUUGUAUUUCAUUUUAUAAAGUGCUUGGACCAUUGAGCGAGCUAUGAAUACAGUCUGAAACUCAUUACUUUUAAGUAUACUCCAUAAAAAAUCCUAUGUUUAUGUUCAUUGUUGUAUACCUUGUCAUACAUAACCAACGUAGGUAAGGUACGAAAGUGUAUACAGAUUUAUGAAGUCAACUGUACGUUGGUAGGUAUACUGUAUAUUUAAUCAGUUUCAGAUUGUAUCAUUGAAAGCUUAUCAAAAUAACGGUGUAAGUAAGGACAUACUUGAUAUUAUAAUUUAAGAUACGAAAUUAUA